UCCCAAACACCGCAGGGUUGGUAGACGAAAAAAAAUUACAGGAGGAUAUAAUAUCAACUUCUGUGUAGUUUCUUGGCAAAUUUUUUAUCUAGUAAUAGUAUAUGCUAAAAGCACAUGUCGUAUAACUCGGCAAGAUAUUUUAAGACAAUAAAUGUGAAAAGAAAGUGACGUCGAUAAAUAAAAGUACAGUGAUAUUAAUCAUAUUUUUUUAAAGAUUCAUUAUGUGUUUGUCGGGUAUAAAUAUCUUGAUAUUCCAAGAUAUCAAAUCCACUAAAACUAAACGAGAAAACAAAGAAAAAAAUGGUUGCUACAUUAAGAGGCUUAAAAAAGAACUAAUGUAAAUGGGCUUGGGCCUAUAAUGUAAGCUCGACGAGUGGACUGGCGGCAAUAGAUGGGUUGUAUUCUUUUAGUUUUUCCAGAUCUUGUUUUCGAUUUGUCGCUGGUUUAUUCGGGUUCGUUUAUAGCAAAAACCGGAGUGUUAUCCGGCAAAAAAAUUUCUUUCGAGUGGAGGAACCCUGAAUCACCAUGGACAGUGAGAGAUACUCCAGGAGCAACCAGGACAGGGUAGUCAAACUAAAUGAUGCAAUAUGCAUGAUCAGAUUCACCUCCUACCUCAUUAAUACACAAGAACAGAGUUAAACUCUGGAACAAAUUUAGUACCAUUGAUAUUUUCAAAAUGAAAUGGUUCGUUUGUCACAGUAUUUUCUAUAGAUUUUACUUCUUAUCAAAGGAAAAUUUAAAAUUAACUUGGUCACUAACUGAAACCAUGAUGAUUAUCUAAUGCCACGCGCAUGAAGUGGUCAUAGAAUAUUAUACUAUGACAAAUGAAAUGGUUCUUUUGUUAUAGUAUAUUCUAUAGAUUUGAGUUCCUACCAAAGGAACAUAUUAAAAUAAUUUAUUAGUUAAACUGGCCACUAACCGGAACCAUGAUGAUUAUCUAAUGCCACGCGCAUGAAGUGUGUCAUACCUUCCUUUUACAGGGGACGUGCACAAAAUGCGAGCCUCAGUGGUCAUUGUGCGCCUGACAGCUACGGCCUCCAGCUUUCUCUUUACCCAACAAUCAUGUUUCUUUGUUUCCGUUUUCUACCUUAAAUCCUUUCAAACUCUCUCUUCCUUGUCCUCUGGUUUGGAAACAUUUCGGUGUGUUUGAUCAAAAGAAACAAAGUAGUGUGUUAUAUAAAAUGGCGGCCCUGGAUAUGGAUACGGUAUCGAAAUAUCUGGAGAGAUCGAUGCAGAACUGUUCAUUGAGUAACCAGAUAAUGAGUUUCGAAGAUGGGUUUGGUGUGACGGACGAGAGCGAAGGAGAUCAUAUACCGAUCAUAGAUAGAACGUUGGAGCUCAAUUCUCACAUCCCUGUUCCUUACCAUUUGGAACAGUGUCUUGAUCUUAAGACAGGAGAGGUUUACUACGUAAACCGGAACAGUGGAAUGAGAGUGAAGGAAAAUCCGAGGAAAUUGGUCAGUAGCAGCUAUGCAGAUCAAUUCAGUGGAGACUCCGAUGUAACUGUGUUUUCAGAAGAAGGUAGCUCGUAUUGCGAGAGCGAAGAGUCUUCAUCAGAGUCAUCGAGAGAAAUUUACAAAGAAGAAGUUCUUGUGGUAGCUGGUUGCAAAGCUUGUUUCAUGUAUUUCAUGGUCCCUAAACUCUUAACGGAUUGCCCCAAGUGUGAAGCUCAGCUUCUCCACUUUUGAUCGACCACAUUCAGCUUCUCCUUAGACCUCCUUUUUUGUUUUUUUUUUUUUUUGUUUUUUUCAUUUUUAUCAAAGAUUUGUUGGUUGCCUUUUGUUUCUUAUUCUCCUUUUUAUAUCAUAAAAUAUUGGUCUUGUAGUAUCUCAAUCGCAUUAACACAAAGUUUGAUGGCAAUGUACCAAAUAUAAAUAAAUAAUAUAUAUACAUAUAUAACACAAUAUUUUACAAAACUUAUGACUAAAAAUAUGAGAUUCAAAAUAAAAAAUCACCUAUUCAUUUUUAGUAAUUUUCCAUUUAGUUGACUUCGUAUUUUAAUUAUAAAACUAUUAACAGAUUAAGCUUAUAAAAAUAUUAUCAAACUAAUUAUUUUUAAUAGUUCAUAAAUAUCUGUCACAAUAUAUUUGAAUAUAUAUGCACUAUCCCUUAUAAAAAAUACUAUGCACAAGGAUGAUUUAGAGUAGUUGUUUUGAUAUUUGCAUAUUUUGUAUUUCCUUUACUUUAAUACUAUUAAUUUUAUGUUUUAUAUAAAAUAAAAAUAUAAUUUUUUUUAUACUUAUUCAUGACACUGAAUUUUUAAAAUAGAAGUGUGAUUCAUAAACGGAAGCUUAAGCUUAUACUAGCUACAAAAACGGUCUAUUUUGAAGUUCGCAAACUAUAUAUUUGAAGCUUCAAAGUGUUCUUCUCCAGAAUUAAAACUUCAAACUUAACUUCAAUAUUAUUAGUGUUUUACACUAUAGUCUUUAUAUUUGUCAUAAUUAAUAUAAAUUCAUAAGAAUAUUAUAAAUAAUUAACACAUAUAUAAAAAUGAUAUAAAAAUAUUAACGAAUAAAAUCUUAAACUAAAAUAUAAAAUUAUAAAUAGAAAUACAUAAUUAAAAUAAAA